CUAGCAGUCACCAGCUCUUGACGGUAGCGGGUCCCCAACAGCAGCAGCAUCCCCACCAUGCCCACCGACCACUGCUCAGAUUAGAGCACACCUCCCACGUAUCUCACCUCGCCCUAUGCCAAGUCCUGUUCAAGCUCACUCCCACCACACGGUGAGCGACUCGUCCCUCCACUCCACUCCGGAUGCUACUCCAAUGAACCUGGUGACCUCUCCCAAAUCCUCCCCUCAGAUCCAUCCUGUUGACAUGUCCGCGAAAUCCAUCCAAAGCCCCAGCUCUACAACCAUUCCAACACAGUCCCACCUGCCUGCCCCAUCACACCACCUGAUGAAGUCUGAAGGUAGUGAUAGUGACACGUCCUCUAAGAACGGUCGCUUCAGGGUCACCUCCACGGCCUCGUCAUUAAUCAAUUUAGCACCAGUACCUGGAUCUUCAGGUGACCAACAGGAACAUAUGGAGAUCGUGGCGCAUCGUGGACCAGACAUCAUAGAGCACAGAGCUGAAGUACAACGGGAGAUUCCUAGAGCCAUUGUUAAACCCCACGUCCUGACACAUGUCAUUGAUGGCUUCAUCAUCGAGGAGUCCCAGGAGCCUUUCCCGGUCACAUCUGGUAUCGUCUCAGAAGCAAACACAACCUACAAGACCAUCAGGCAGCAGCAGCAGCAGAAACUAAAGAGACCUGCUCCGGAGCCCCUGGUGGAAGGUGUCAUGCUGCGGUGCGAGUUCUGUGGCAAGGUGGACUCCCCUCGCAAGUUCAAGCGCUCCAAGCGGUUCUGCUCGAUGGCCUGUGCCAAGCGUUACAAUGUCGGCUGCUCCAAGAGACUGGGUCUGUUUUCACCGAGACAGCCUGAGAAACCUGAGAAAACCAAGCAUAGGCUGAAACUUCAACUCAAGGCUAAGCCACUGAAAGGACAGAGAGGGAAGCAUGGGAGACUCACUUAUAAUGUGGCACAACCUUGGAGUAAGGGAGGGCAGCAUGACACUCAAUCCCAGGAGCUCCCCCAGGAGACUAGCAGCAGUAGUAGCUCCAGCUCCGCCCCAUCAGAAGACAUGGAACACCCCUCAUCUCCAUCUCCCAACGUGGUUCUCUCCUCCCCAAGCCGCAGCGAACAGAGCUUCCAGUACUCGGACGAGAGCGACGAUCUACCCCCGGGCGUGGGACGCAACCCCAGCUCGUGGUCGGUGGAGAACGUGGCCAUGUUUAUUCGUUCGUUGCCGGGAUGUGCUGGUUACGCCGAUGAGUUCCAAUCGCAGGAGAUUGAUGGACAGGCUUUGAUGCUUCUCAAGGAGGAUCAUUUGAUGACAGCCUUGAGCAUGAAGCUUGGCCCUGCCCUCAAGAUUAUCAAUAAGAUCAAUACCUUGAAGGACAAAUAACAGCCUCACCCGUUUGGAAAAUGGAAUGAUCCAUCAUGUUACUGUUAUGGGUAUGAAGGAAUGAAUGGUGUUUGAGAUCAUGAUGGAAUGGUCUAUGAGAUCAUGAGGGUAUAUCAUGGCAUAUGAGAAGUGAGGGGGAGAAGGUCGAUUCUAGAAACCCCAUGUAAGAAGAGAUCAAGUUGUCAAACGGUAUUAAAUGUCAAAUUCUGUAGUGGGAUUCUUAUCAAGGGCAAAAAUAGCGAUUGUAAAUUUAUAUUUGGGUCUGGAAGAAGAAGCAAACCGGUACAUGAAAUAAUCAGGUUUGUAGGAAAUCAUGUAGAUCUAGAGACCAAAGAACUGAAAAGAAUGUCUGUAGAAAUGUUUCAUUUCACGCUGUGCUAUUUUGUUUCAAGACCAGUAUCAAAUGCUACAUGUAUUAUGAGCCAUAUUUGUACCCUUUAAAAAUGCAUUUUUGUUGUUGAAAUUAUCAUUUUAUUUUUUGAGGGAGGGGGUUAAUUCACCAGAAUAAUGAUCACAAACAUUUAUCUUUCUCAAAUAUCUUCCCUUAAAUUCCUUUAAAGCAAAUGCCUAUUACCUUUAGCAUGGCUCACAUUUAGUGUUAUUUGCCUCUUUUAUUUGCCUUACAUUUAACAACUUCUUCUUCGAACUACAUGUAAUUACUAUAGCUUUUUAAUGCAUCUAAGUAUCUAAGUUAAAAGACUCCUUGAGGCCUUGUCUUUUUGAUGGCACUACAUCUGUACCUCUUUAGAUAGGAAAUCGACAGCAAACAACUUUAAUCCGUGACUUCGUGCCUGUAGGUGCUCUUUCAGAUUUUGUUAAAGGGGAUAUAGCAUGGCUAAUACUAGUUAACGCCAUCUACGACUUCUGGACAACUACACGUAAACGAAUGGACUUGAUUAACGGUCAGCGCGUGCUAGCAUUCACGAAAAAGACCAAAGUUCCCCUCACGCUUCGGUUUCAAUAAACUUGCACACACAUGAAUACUGCGGUCGCGUUGUCCAUAGUCGUAUUAUACCCGAUUGGCCAAGAGUCAGGCCACCGGAAAGACACGUAGUCUCGUCAUGCUACAUCCCCUUUAAAAUCAUUAUAAAAAAAUGCCAGAAUAAUGAACUUUUUGGCCCAUAAUGAUAGCAUACCAUGACCUACCGGCUGUUACAUGAUUGGGUUAUUUCUUCGCAAAUAUUGCUCUUCUUUUCCGUUUUUCAUAUCAAUACAUGUAUACCUUAGUGUCUCCAGCUUUGUAAAUCCUUUCCAUUUUCUUAGUUGUAUGUAUACUAUCCAUGUGUGUAUUGUCAUUUUGUAGGUGUUAUAAAGGUAUCAAAUACCAAAAUCCUUUAUGUACAGUGUAUGUAUCUGGGUUAUUUAUGUUAGUGAUUUAUAAAACUAUUGCUGCAGUAUAUAUUGUAGGAUGUAGAUGUUAGGUUAGUACUGAAGUUUGCUUUAUGUGUAUAUUCUUGCUUGAAGUUGGCACUGUGAUGGGCGUAUUUACUUUAUGAGGAGUUUGUAUUCAUUUCAUAGGGCACCAUUAUACCAUUUGAUAUCAAAGAAUUAAUUUUUUUUUUUUGAAAGACAAGUCAUUACAGUGAAUCUUUAUGUUAAAAUUCAUGCACAGUGAUAGAGCUUUCUGAAAGGUUUGGGGCGAUGAUUCCCAUUCCAUAUUGGGGUGAGGGUGUGUGUGUAUAUUAAAGUGCACCUGUAGUUCCAGAGUUAAAGUAGCCAUCUUGAAUUUUUUGAACAAGUCAAGAGAAUGGUUAUGUUUUAUUCUUCAGUCACAUAUUGCAUACCAGUAAAAUUAACAGUCAUAUCUUUAUGUACACUUUGUUUCUGUUUGUAGUUGACUUUGGAUUUGCUUGAUGGUUCCUGAUCAAAAUCUUUAUCAAGACAUUCUCAUAAUGAUCCAUUUAUAUGAUUAUUUUUAUUCAGCUUUGUUUGGCUCCCAUUCACUCUCCCCCAUCAAUCUCUCUCUCUCUCUCUUUCUCUCUCUCUUUCUCUCUCUCUUUCUCUCUCUCUUUCUCUCUCUCUCUUUCUCUCUCUCUUUCUCUCUCUCUCUCUCUCUCUCUCUCUCUCUGUAUCUUCGUCCUGCCAAGUACAUGCAAACACUAUCUACAAACUGACUUUAAAAAAAUGUAUUUAUGAAUUAUGAUGCUUUUGAUAGAUGCAUUAUGGCUGGUUUGAUGUUUAUAUUCUGCACACAUAAAAAGAAUUGAAUGUCAAAGAUAUCAGUAUCUAUAUUUCUUUCUUACAACCUAUUUUCUCUUAAAAUUUGCCAUGCCAGAGUGAGCGCUGGUGUUGACAGAGAUCCAGAGUGGUGCACAGGCCUUGAUGGCAUUUCUUUGAGAUAUUUAAACUAAACAUUUAAAGUAAUUUGAAAUCAUGAAUGGAUUAUUUGGCACAAGUACACAUAUAUUUUGAUAUGUAUGGGAAAAUAUUAUACCUCUUUCAACAAGUUUCAUUCACUUGGACUUUUCCUUUAUAAAGGGCUUAAUAUCAUAUCAAUGUCAUGACAUUUCUCCACAAGUUUUUAAAAGUCAUCAUGACAUACCGGUACUGCUUUCUUCAUGUAUUAGCAUUGAUAUUGUUCUCAAAAGUACUUCUCAUUAAAGAAGGCUUCUUGUUAUAAAUUGUUUAUUUCAACAUUUCAUUCAAACUUUGUAGAAGUAGUUCAGUAUUAUGGAUCUAGGAUACUUUUAGAUGAUUGGGUUAAUUUUUUGGUUGUCAGAGCUGUGUUUUGUAGAUGCAACUAAACCUGUAAAUAUAGGUCAAGUCAUGGGCAAUGCUAAUAUCAAGAUUCAAUGCCUCGUGCCGCCAGUUCUUUGGAGGUUAAUGGCUGUUAUAUACAUGUUUCCUUUUAGAAAGAUAAGCAUUGCAUAAUAAAACAACCACAUGCACAAAUUGUGAAUCAUUCUGUAAAGCAAUAAAGCUUAAUAUGUUUAUAGAAUUAAUAUUUUUCACAAUUAAACACACCCAAAACCAUUCAUUUCCCUUGAUACUUUCUGAAGCUACAUAUUUUUUUCACAAUGCACAAGAAUGAGGAAUUAAGAUUAUUAAGUACACAUGCACUCGAGGGUGGUUAUCUUUCUGUUGGUAGUAUUUCUGUACAAAUAUUUAAUGCUUCAUGUUUAACCUUGGACACAUUUCGGUGAACUGUUCAUGUAUUAUGUACAUUAUGUCCUUUGAUAUGACAGUUUCUUGCUCCUUUUAAAGGGGUGCAUCAUUUUUGUGGCCAAAAAUAAAAAAGGAAACAUUUUGUAAAAAA